UUCAUGAAAAAUCUUUUGCGUUUGAAGGAAAUCGUGCGAAGUGGUGAACUCUGUUCAUAAAAAUCAAUUUUAAGUGAAUCAAAAGAUUUGCUCGGUGCUUAUUCUGUUAAAAAUCAAUCUCUUAAAUCGUGUCUGAUUCUAUGGUUAUAAAAAGUUUUGUGGGAAAAGCGUUUAUUUAGGUGAAAAUCAUGGAAUAGUUGUUCGUCUAAUGUAUCAAUCAGUCGAAGGAAGUCGCGAAGGUGUUUCCUACAUUGUUCUUCAGCUGGGCUUUUGUUUUUGUUGGUCAUUAGUUUUGGUGAGGAAAAACUGGUGGUUGCACAAUGGAUAUUGUUGGACUUGUUAAGCGAUCCUACUCGGAUUAUGGAACUAUACUGAAGGAUUCCUGGUAUACCAUCAUUGCAGAAGAGCUGAGAAAUAAUUUUGCUUGGACGUUGAGUUUGUUAUUACUUCUGAUAGCCACUAUAGUAGGACUUUAUUGCUGGAGAAGAAUCUAUUUGAAAAAACUUCGUGAUAAAGCCGCUCAGUUGCUGUUCCAGAGUUAUGAUCCGUCGCAGUUACGCUUUCGCAAGCGGGACAAGAUGCUAUUCUACGGGCGGCGAAUGCUUCGAAAGAUGAAAUCCAUCUCGGGACAGGCUUAUAGCGGCCAAGGGCGGAAACGGAAGGCUGUCAUGCGCUUUGCUAAAAGAUUGCUUCACAUGCGCCGCGAGAACGAUCCGAUCCAACUGCAGGUAGUUGAACCACCGGCUGAGUAUCUUGAGGAGGCAGCCGAAGGUAACGAUAAGGUUCCGCCGGAUGCGCUGUACAUGCUCCAAAGCAUUCGAAUCUUCGGUCACUUUGAGAAGCCCGUAUUUCUGAAGAUAUGCAGACAUACCGAAAUUAUCAAUUUGAUAGCCGGCGAAUCAUUGAUAAAGGUGGGCGAUCCCGAUGAUAGCGUAUUCAUUGUACAAUCUGGACAGGUCAACGUAUUUCUCAACAAUCCCGAUGGCAGCUCGAUAGCUUUGAAGGUGGUCCGAAAGGGGGAAUCCGUUACGUCGUUGUUGAGUUUCAUCGACGUAUUAGUGGGUAACACCAGCCAGUACAAAACAGUUACAGCUAGAGCUAUGGAAAAUUCACAAGUUAUACGCUUGCCAAUGUUUGCAUUCAAGGAAGUUUUCGAUGAAAGUCCCGAUCUGCUGGUCCGAGUAAUACAAGUUAUAAUGAUUCGGUUGCAGCGAGUAACUAUCACGGCUUUACAUAACUAUCUUGGCUUGAGCACUGAAUACAUUCAAUGUUCACAGCGAAAGAAGGUUGCCGUUCCAAUUAAAAAUAGUCCCGGUCAUCGGCGAGUUCCAUCCGACGUGCAAGCUCCAUCUCAUUCGUUGGUGGGCCACGCUGUUACAAACGAAGCCCGUCCGGAUAUGUUGGCUGAUCUGUCCGAUCACGUGGGCAGCCGGCGAGCAUCAGCACUACCAAGUGAACCCAUGGAAGAUACUGUGAUGAAAUCGAUUGCAAUCGAAGGAUUUCUCAAGGAACUUGGUUUGAAGGAAGAAGAUCGACCGUCUGUGGAGGACAAUAUUGUGAUAAAGGAAAUUGCUCCUGGUACCACGCUGACGCAUCAAGGAAGGAGUGAUGACGUUCUGUUGAUUUUUGUAAUCAGUGGCGGGCUGACAAUAGCUCAGUAUCCGCAGAUUAACAUCGGAUGCAACAAAAAACUGGACAAAUCGGAAAACCACACCGUUACGAUUCAUCCCGGAGAUGUUGUAGGUGGUCUGGCAGUGCUUACCGGAGAAAGCAGUUUGUAUACCAUCAAGGCGAAACACUAUUCUCGUGUAGGAUUACUUAGUAAGGAAAUCAUUUAUAAUAUAAUGCGUGAACGUCCGGCCGUAGUGUUGGACAUUGCAGAUUGCGUUGUGAAACGCCUUUCUCCUCUAGUGCGCCAGUGUGACUUCGCUUUGGACUGGAAUUUUCUCGAAUCUGGCCGUGCCGUGUAUCGGCAGGACGAAAACAGCGACUGCACUUAUAUCGUAUUAAACGGCCGACUUCGUUCGGUCAUAACUCACUCGAAUGGUAAGAAGGAGAUUGUAGGCGAGUACGGCAAAGGAGACUUAAUCGGCAUCGUUGAGAUGAUUACGGAAACACCCCGCACUACCACUGUUAUGGCGGUCCGUGACUCCGAACUCGCCAAACUGCCAGAAGGGCUUUUCAAUGCAAUUAAGUUUAAGUACCCGAUUGUGGUUACGCAGCUGAUCAGUUUAUUGAGCCAUAGAAUACUGGGGUCGAUGCAAUCCCGUCCAAUUACGGGAAGCUCCCUGACGGCGGUCCCAUUUGAUACGAAUCAACAAAUUCAACAUCGGUACUCAACCGUCGCCAUUGUCCCCAUCAGUGAGGAUGUUCCGUUGACUGCCUUCACCUAUGAGUUGUACCACUCGCUAUGUGCCAUUGGUUCAACUCUGCGACUAACCUCCGAUGUUGUGAGGAAAUCACUUGGUCCUCAGAUUAUGGACCAGUCCAACGAAUAUCGUCUGACCAGUUGGCUCGGCCAACAGGAGGAUCGACACAACAUUGCACUGUAUCAGUGCGAUUUGACGUUUGGCCCCUGGACUCAACGAUGCUUGCGGCAGGCUGACGUAAUUCUGAUUGUAGGAUUGGGUGAUAGGCCACCCACCAUUGGGAAGCUCGAAAAAGAGAUCGAUAGACUUGCGAUACGUACCGCGAAGGAGUUGGUUCUGCUUCACCAUGAAGGAGCAGCACGACCAACAAACACAACCAGUUGGUUGAAUAUGCGGGCUUGGGUGUCUCGACAUCAUCACAUACAGUGCCCCAAGAGAAUGUUCACCAGGCGAAGUCAAUAUCGAAUUAAUGAUCUGUACAGCAAGGUGCUAAUGUCUGAGCCUAAUAUUCAUUCGGAUUUUUCACGAGUGGCCCGAUGGCUUACGGGCAAUUCAGUGGGUUUGGUGUUGGGUGGGGGUGGGGCACGUGGCGCUGCUCACGUCGGUAUGUUCAAAGCCAUUCAGGAAGCUGGUAUUCCGAUCGAUAUGGUUGGCGGUGUGAGCAUCGGUGCAUUCAUGGGAGCCCUGUGGUGCUGCGAGAAGAAUGUGACGACGGUAACGCAGAAGGCUCGCGAGUGGUGUAAGAAAAUGACCCAAUGGGGCCGUCAGCUAAUGGACUUGACCUAUCCAAUAACAUCCAUGUUCUCCGGACGAGAUUUCAACCAAACCAUUCGGGGAACGUUCGGCGAUGUGUGCAUCGAGGACCUCUGGAUACCGUACUUCACCCUUACCACCGACAUCUCGGCCAGCUGUGCACGCACCCACACCCAUGGUUCCCUUUGGCGCUAUGUUCGAUCGUCUAUGUCACUGAGCGGAUACAUGCCACCUUUGUGUGACCCGAAAGACGGACAUCUACUCUUGGAUGGCGGUUAUGUCAAUAACCUUCCAGCGGACGUAAUGCGAGCUCAAGGUGCUGCCCAUAUAAUCGCCAUCGACGUCGGAUCCCAGGACGAUACCGAUUUGACCGACUAUGGAGAUGAUCUUUCCGGAUGGUGGCUUCUGUACAAACGGUGGAACCCUUUUACUUCCCCUGUUAAAGUUCCGAAUCUGCCCGAUAUACAGUCGCGAUUGGCUUAUGUCUCAUGCGUACGACAACUGGAGGAGGUGAAGAAAAGUGAUUACUGUGAGUACAUUCGACCACCGAUCGAUCAAUACAAAACAUUGGCUUUUGGAAGCUUCGAUGAGAUCAAAACUGUUGGGCUCGAACACGGGAAGUCAUUCUUUGAAAACAUGGCCAAAUGCGGACGACUGUCACGGUUCAAUCAAUGGAGCGUCCGAGACGUUCCUCAGAAAGUUACACAUUCACUCAAUGAAUAUACAUUCAUCGAUUUAGCUCAAAUAGUCUGCAAAGUGCCGGAAACCUACCCCGAGCGGGGCUAUUCCUCCAGCGAGGAUGACUACUAUGACGGGUAUGCCUCGGAACCGUCCACCAUGCCAAUGAUGAAGAAGAGUGCUUCGCUCAGGAUCAUGCGAGCGGCUGGAUCGUUAUCGCUAUCGGAGAACGAAAUGGACUCCGAUGAUCUGGAAAUUCCGGUCUCCUUCAGGAAGUUGCAAACCACUCCGACGCCGAGCUUACCUCUGACGCCAGAGAAGCCGAAACGUAACGAUUAGGAACAAUCGUAGAGGUGUUCUUCUCUGUUCCGUAACUUCUCAGUGGAAGAGAAAACAAAACUUAUCAUCACUGAUUUGUGAUUUUUAUACAACUUUCCCAGAUUGAACGAUUUUCUAUACCAAAAAGUUAUGAACUAAUGACGCCUUUAGUAUCAUGGGUUCAAAAUGUAAGUUUGUAAAUCUAGAUUUAGGGGUUCAUUCAUUGCAUAGUUUGAAUAAAUGAAGAUAUUUUCAAUAGAAAUAAAA